CUUUGAAAUCCUUGAAACGAGUUGCGCAAGCUAAGACCGGGACGUGCCUGUUGUUUGAAUGUACUGGAGCGCACAUGGGCACACGCGAGAGGGGGAAGGUCUACAGGUCACGUGGUGUCGCCAUCCAGGAAGUGUGCGGCCCUCCCCUCUUUGGGCUCGGCGCGCUAAGAUGUUGAUGUUGUCCGAAACAAAGUAAGACUUACCUCGGCGAUUGACCACACGUCAAUGGAUUUACUAGGAUGAGCGUCUUUCGGUGAAAACACACGCAGACAAUUUACACACACAAAUACCAGUUUAAUUUUGUUCGAAAUGGCUCCUGGAUAAUAGAAGAAGACGACGAAGAAGAAAAGAAAAGAACAUUCCAGAAGCACAGCCGUGGACUGCGGGUUUUUGAGUGCGGCCGGGAGCUGAGCGGCCUGCUGUCGGCAAGAGAAGCGAAGAAAGCUCAGCAGCCGGUGGGGACCCACAACAAGCAAGUCGCCGGACAUUGUGUACACGCACAAAAAGAAUACACUUCGCCUUCAAUUGACACUCGAGAGGUCAAACCAGUAUAAUCGCCAAGAUAGCUGGGCCAAGCAGGAAGCGGCACACCUCAGAUCCAGACCCCAGCAGCGGUAGUGAAUCCGGCGACGGGCGGCCUGUUAGUGCCAAGUGUCCAAAGAUGUCUAGCAGCAAUGGCAGUGGGAUCGUGGGCCGACGUGGUGGAGCUCCGAAUCAGCCAAGGGGAGGUGGCGAGCAUGGAUCCGAGCUCUCCUCUAGCGCUAGUAAGAAGAAGCAGAAGGACAGAGCUAACCAGGAAUCCAAAGAGGCCAAGAGAGCUGCUGCUGCAGGAGUGGAUGGAGUCCUUGCAGAGAUAAAAAAAGAUGUCUUUGUGGAUUGGAAACAAAAUGCCAAUGAAGUGAUCAUCAAGUUGCGAUGUGGGGAAAAUGUGCAGAGCAUCGAGGAUGUCAACACAACCUUCACUGAUACACACUGCCAUGUGCACUUCUCAGAUGGUCGUGAGUGGACCUGCCAAUUGCAGGAGGAAAUAGAAGCCUCUUGUAGUAGAGUGCAGUACAAAGAGAAGGGAGGAUUUCUGUUGCUCAUCCUGCACAAGAAAAUCCCUAUUCACAUUUGGCCAUCAUUAAAAUCCAACAAGAAAGAGAAAGAAGUUGGACCCAUACAGACCAAAAAUGUCAAGGUACCAGAAAGGAGGUCUGUAGCCUCAGAUUUAUCAGAGCAUCUCGAGUUGUCUUCUCCGCUGGAACAGCAUCAGUCUCAAGGUCCCUUGUCCGCCUUACACAAUGUAUCAAGAUGCAGCAGCAGCAGCAAAGCUGAGCGUGGAGUCAAGCUGAAAAACAAACAACUGUCUGACAAAAUCCCCAUGGACUGCAUGGCGGCGACAUUUGAAGGUGGGGACAGUGCAGCGACUUCACUUAAGCACAUCCCCAUUAAGAUCCACAACCAGCAGCCCCAUGAGUCAAAAGCAAACCGCACCAUUACCCACUUUCCUGAGAAUACCAAGGAGGCUAAGUCUUUUACUGAAAGAGACAUGGACUCAGCUGAGACUACAACAUCACACGAACACCUGCCUGCAGUCGAGCUCCAUGGAGACCAGAGUAUAGAAAGAUUAGUGAAUGAACAUGAACCUGUUCCUGUUGCCAACCAGAUUCAGGAGGCAGAUAAAACAUAUGACCCUGCAGACACACAGGACAAAGGCUUUGAAACUUGGGAUAGUGAAAACGAACCAGAAGUUCCUGUGAGCUCAUGUGGCUCUCUGAAAGCUUUGGGGUUAGACAACCAUCUUCAUUCAGCCUUCCCAGAAAGGAGCACAGACAUGGCAAACACUGAACCAGAGAAAACGGCUCAGCAUCACAAAUUGGUGCAGGAUGUUCAAGCCCAUCAGCAGCUCAGUUUGAGAGCGGCCAGCUCUGUGUCCUUGCAAGAUGUGUCUACUGAACAAGAGCCAACACUGGAUGUGAUGCAGAUUCAAGGCAGCUGUGAUGGAGAGGAGAAGCGUGACCAGUCCAAAGAGGAGCCACUCUUCAAGAAGCAACAAGAAGUGCCAGAGCCGAUGGUAAACCUGCAGUAUGUGAAGAAUGACUCGUACGAGAAAGGCACAGACUUGAUGGUAGUAAACGUCUACAUGAAGGGCAUCUGCAGGAACACAUCAAGGGUUAUUUUCAGGGAGCAGGAUUUCACCCUCAUCUUCCAGACAAGUGAUCCUAACUUUCUUCGGCUUCACCCGGACUGUAGCCCAAACACAGUCUUUAAGUGGCAAGUCAAACUCAGGAAUUUGAUACAGCCUGAGCAGUCCUCCUACUCCUUCACGGUAUCCCGUGUGGACAUAACCUUGAAGAAGAGGCACAGCCAACGUUGGGAGGGUCUUGAGGCCCCCGCCACACAAGGUGCAGUGGGUGGCGCCAAGGUGGCUGUGCCCUCGAGCCCCACCUGCACAGAAAAGAGCCAACCAGGCAGCAGCCAGCACAGCAUGCCAACUAAGGAGGAGCCCCCCAGAGUCGGUGAGGAGAAACCAAAGGCCCCCAAAGCUCCAGCCCGAGUGGAGGAUAGUAGUCUGGAAACUGUGGCUGCUCGUACAGUAGCUGACCAUGUUGCCAUCACCAAGCCAGAGCCUACUGUUUUGACACCCAAGCCGACGUGUAUGGUGCAGCCCAUGACCCAUGCAGCCCAUGCUAGCAAUGACCACCUUGAGGAAGAGGAGGAGAAGAAGGUGUGCCUGCCUGGUUUCACUGGAUUGGUCAACCUUGGAAACACCUGCUUCAUGAACAGCGUCAUCCAAUCCCUGUCCAACACCAGAGAACUCAGGGAUUACUUUCACGACCGAGCAUUUGAGUCAGAAAUCAACUGCAAUAAUCCACUGGGAACAGGUGGCCGGCUAGCCAUUGGCUUUGCAGUGCUGCUCAGGGCCCUCUGGAAAGGAACGCACCAUGCUUUCCAGCCCUCAAAGCUCAAGGCAAUUGUGGCCAGUAAAGCCAAUCAAUUUACAGGCUACGCUCAACAUGAUGCCCAGGAGUUCAUGGCAUUUUUGCUUGAUGGCCUCCAUGAGGACUUGAAUCGCAUUCAGAAUAAGCCGUACACAGAGACAGUGGACUCUGAUGGUCGCUUGGAUGAGGUGGUGGCAGAGGAAGCAUGGCAGAGGCACAAGAUGAGGAAUGAUUCAUUCAUAGUGGACCUCUUCCAAGGCCAGUUCAAAUCCAAGCUUGUCUGUCCCACGUGCUCCAAGGUAUCGAUAACAUUCGACCCCUUCCUAUACUUGCCUGUUCCAUUGCCACAAAAACAAAAGGUGCUCUCUGUUUUCUACUUUGCCAAGGAACCACAUAAAAAACCCAUUAAGUUUUUAGUGAGUGUGAGCAAGGAGAACUCCAGCACUGCAGAAGUGCUGGAGUCCAUUUCCAGAAGUGUUCGGGUCAAGCCUGAGAAUCUCAGACUCGCAGAGGUGGGGAAGAACUGCUUCCAGCGGAUGUUGUUGCCCUCCCAUUGCCUGGACACGGUGUCAUCCUCAGACAUGCUAUUCUGCUUUGAGGUGCUUUCCAAAGAUCUGGCCAAGGAGAAAGUGGUAUUACUCCGAGUGCAGCAGAGACUACAGGUUCCCAGUAUCCCAAUCUCAAAGUGUGCCUCCUGCCUGAAACCUCCAGUCUCCGAAGAAGACAAGCUGAAGCGCUGUACUCGGUGUUAUAGUGUUGGCUACUGCAAUGUACUCUGUCAAAAGACCCAUUGGCCUAGUCACAAAGGUCAUUGUCGACCAAACACUGAAAAUGUGGGUUUGCCAUUCCUGGUUAGUGUACCUGAGUCACGGCUCUCCUACAGCCGCCUCACUCAGCUCCUGCAUGGAUACUCCAGGUUUUCAGUCAAUGUGUUCCAGCCUCCUUUCCAGUCAGAGAGGACAUCCCCUGAAAUAUCUCCAGUGCUCCCAACGCCACCAGCAGGUUCUCUAGGUGGUCCAGUCUCAGGAGAUGAAGCCAUGGGUGGAAGCAGUACUGUAGCAUUUAGUGAUUGUGGACCCGAGACUGACACUCCAAUACUUGGCCCCUCGAAACCCCACACCUGGACCUCAGCCUUUGAAUCUGGUGAUGCUUCCUCCCUUCCCUUCCCCCAGACGUCUCUCUCCACCACACAGACUUCAGACUCUGGGUUUUCAGAGUCAGUCUCCUCUACUUCCUGCUGCUCUCUGGACACCCAUGUUGAAAAAGAAACAUCUUGUGAGAAGGCAGUACGACCAGAAGCUAUGGUAGCAGGCUAUCAACAACCAAACGACGCAUGUUUAGGGCACGCGGGUCAGUUCUAUAUCAUUCUGCUGGAUUCUAACAACAAGGAGCAGAGACUGGAUGAAAAGGAAGACAUACUGGUCGACCUCCCUGAUAAUACAACUGUGGAACUGGUGUGGAAAAACAACGAGCGCCUGAAGGAGUAUGUCCUGGUGAGCUCCAAGGAGCUGGAGUAUGAGGAGGAUCCGAGUUCUUUGAGUGAGACAACAAGGGCAGGCCAUUUCACCCUGGAGCAGUGCCUCAACCUCUUCACCAAGCCAGAGGUGCUGGCACCAGAAGAGGCAUGGUACUGUCCCAAGUGCCAGCAGCACCGUGAGGCCUCUAAACAACUGCUGCUUUGGCGUCUUCCCAACAUUUUGAUCAUCCAACUGAAACGCUUCAGUUUUAGAAGUUUCAUCUGGAGGGACAAGAUCAAUGACAUGGUUGACUUUCCUGUCAGGAAUCUGGAUCUGAGUAAGUUUUGUAUUGGCCAGAAGGAUGAGAUGCAACACCCCCCUAUCUACGACUUAUAUGCAGUCAUCAACCACUAUGGGGGGAUGAUCGGUGGCCACUAUACCGCCUAUGCUCGCCUGCCAAGUGACAAAAACAGCCAGCGCAGUGAUGUUGGCUGGCGUCUAUUUGAUGACAGCACUGUCACGAUGGUGGAGGAGAGCCAGGUGGUUACGCGUUAUGCCUACGUCCUUUUCUACCGACGCCGAAAUUCCCCCGUGGAGAGGCCACCCCGCUUUCUCAGACCCGUUGGAGCGGACUCUCCCCCUGUCAUGGGAGCUACUGCCAGUCAGGCCUCUCUAUUAUGGCGGGAACUGGAAGAAGAAGAGGAGGGUCUUGAAGUAGGUGCGCAAGGACCUUUCCUCUUGGGGCUGCAACGACGACAAGCCCAGAGGACAAGAAAUGCGGAAGAUGAGGACAGAGCAGAAGCACACCGUCAUCGCAUGAGAGGGAGGAUGUCAGAUUGUCCUGACGAUGAGCGUGUGCGAUAUUUUGUUCUGGGAACACUUGCGGCCGUGUUUGCACUCCUCAUCAACUUGGUUUACCCUCUUUAUAAAUCAAACUGGACAUGAGUCGUAACUUGAGGAGUAACACUUAAAAACAAGUGUGGUGUUUUGCCUGUAAUGCACUUUGGUUGUAAUAGGACAGUGGACCUUCUUAACUUGAUCAAAAAUAUUAAUUUGAUAACUAUAAUCAGAAAACACACAGGAUAGUGUUCAAUUGGUUAGCACGUCUGAUUCACAGUUCUUAGGACUUGGGUUCAAAUGUGGCUUCACCUGUGUGGAGUUUGCAUGUUCUCGCUAUACCAUGGGUUUUCUCCAGAUACCCUUCUUUCCUCCCACGUCCCCAAAAUAUGCGUGCCUGGUGAAUUGGCAGCUCUAAAGUGCUCAUAGGUGUGGAUGUGAGAGUGAAUGAUUGGAUAUUUGUAUGUGCUCUGUGAGUGGCUGGCAACCAGUUCUGGAUCUAUCCUACCUCUCUCCCGAAAAUAGCUUGGAUAGGCCCCGGCACACCCAUGACCCUAGUGAGGAUAAGCGGUACAGAAAGUGAAUGAAUGAUUGAUCAGAAAAUCAAACAAGAAUGCAGAACCCGAGGCAUUGGUGAAAGAAGACAAAGCUGCUCUGCAUCACCUGAUUCCCUCCAUCUCACCCAUUCUUUCGAAGGAGGGGGCGGGGGUUGCUUUUUUGUGUUAGUGAUAACAUGCCAAAAUCCUUGGUUCUGCAAAGAGCUCCACAUAAUACAUUUCGAUAUUAAGAAGUCCUAUAAUAUCUGACGGAUUCUGUUUUUCCGUCCCCCUUUGCAUGCAUGCCAGUCUUAAUGGCAAGCUCCUCUAUGGUUUUGUGGAGCUGGUAGCACCGCUUCCUGUUAAUAGCUAAAAGAAAAUAUGUAGCUGUUUUUCAAUAGAAUGACCUGCCCCCCCCAAAAAAAAAUUAUAAUGAACACAACAUGGAUUCAAAGUGUUUUGUUAAAAUAUGCUUUCAGUGCAUUCCGUUGGACCAUCACUGUUUUUGUAAAAUUACAUCAUCCUGAUUGUAUUGUAUGAUGUCACUCUGUAUGCUUAGCUGAGAACACUGAUGUCAUCCCACUAACACAACUGUGUUGUAAACGUAAACCUGAUCAGGAUUUUCCUGAUCAGAAGUGCUACGGUGACCUGAAAGCUGAACCGUACUACCUGUUGGGAAUUUGGUUCAUAGGAAAAUAGUAAUGAUAACGACAGGAUUAAAAACAAAAUAAAAUGGGAACGUUGUAUUAAAAGUGCUAGUCACCAAGGUAAGACAAUCAGCAUAAAUUUUAAGUUUAAAUAUUAAGAAUUUCUUCAUGACUUCCUUUUGUACUUUGACAACUCACCAUGGUAAAAUUAUCAAAUGUACUUAAUUUAAAAGUUGUUGGAUUACAAAAUAUACUGAAAAGAGGAUGCAGAAUUCAAAAUCCAAACAUGUCGUAGCUCAAACAGUAUUCCGAUGGUCCACUGUACUUGAGUUUGUUAAUGUCGAUACAGUUUAUAAUACAGUUCACAAGUCAACCCUUUGAUGACAAAGCUCAGGUAGAAUGUGUUUGAAUUGUUUCACUGUAGAACCAGCAAUUGAAUGUUGGGUUUUAAUGAUUUUUUUUUUUUUUUUAAACUACAUAAUUUCCUCUCCAUUUAAGAGGAGGCAGCUUGUUUAUGGCUUUUGUCAGACAUAAGAUGCUUAGUUCUUGACCUCGGAAGUGAUGGUUGAAAUCUUUACAUUUAUGUUCUGUUAUAGUUUUAAUAUUUGAAUUGCAUCACAAAAUGUGGGUUAUGGUCAAAAAAACUGUUUUUGCAUGAUUGGCAUGUAGAUAUUUCAGUUUUUCAACAUGUCUUCAAGUGACCUAUUUUAAGUUUUUUCCUUUUUUUUUUUAAUAUGUCCAUUUUUACAUUGGUGUUUCUGUUGUAUUUUCUUCAUCUAAAACUUAAUACAAGAUAUUUUAAGAUUAAAGUUAGCCUGAUUGUUUCUUUUGGUUUUUAAAGCAGUCACAAUUAUAUUUUAUCCCAUAAUAUGUUGUUAAAUUCGACGUAGUUGGUUUAUACUGUAUGAAUGCAUUUGAAAAUGUGUAUUUGUAAAAAUGGACAUUUGAAGUCUGUCUGUAUUGUCUCCUGUGCUCCUGUCGUGAUUCUGAUUAAAUAUGAAGGCCUCAGGGAUUUUACAGUGCAUCCUAACCUGUUGCCUUACUCUGAAUUAAAAUAUAUAAAUAUAGACUUGUACAGUAUGUGUAUGCAAUAAGUGAUUUCCAUUCCUUGUCUUUUCUUUGGAUUGUUGCUUCUCUGUCAUUUGCAAAAGCCUACGUUACUUACUUACUUUACCUGCAAUAAUGUAUUCAAGUUCCUUCCUCCAAAUGUUGUUUCCUAUUAUAUGUAAAGUUUUAUAUGUUUUGAAAUUAAAAAAAAAACAUCUUUUGUA